AUGGUAAAUGUCUGUCCCGCGGGAAGUGUUGUCACAUUUGAGUUGAUUACUGGCUAUACAUUUAGGGGACCGUCGGAUACGGUGGCAAAAAUACCCGGAAUAUUACAUCUCCAGGAAUGCCUCAACUCGUGUCUAACGGACGACACGUGCAAAUCAUUCAACUUUGAGACCGGAUUAUGUGUUUUGUUGAGGACUUCAGCCAACGAAAGACCCGAAGCGUUGGUUUCUUCUCAGUUUCCAGUCUUCACUAUUUAUGGCCAAAAAGUCUGUUUAAAAGACAAGAAUAAGUCCUGUACUCAGGGCUGGGCUUUCGAAAGAGUCAAUGGUUUUGAAUUGAAAAGAAUGGGCAAAAAGAGUGUUAAAGUGAUGUCAAGACUCGAUUGCAUGCAAUUGUGUCUCAAUGAGCGAGACUUUGAGUGCCGAUCAGUUAAUUAUGACACCGAUAGCGAC